GUUUCGGCCACGUAAAACCUCAUAUUGUCAUGGUAAAUAGGCGAAAAGUACACGAAACUCAGCUAUUCGGUUUUAUAAAUUCAUUCUAUUUACACAGUUUGUCGGUGUAAACGCCAGACUAGUUAGUUCGUAUAAACACGUUAGACAAUUUUAAUAAAUUAGCCUAAACCAAUAAAAAAAAAAUCGUAAAAUAAAUCAUGGAUUACGCUCUGUGGUCGGUAUUGUUGGUAUUUUUAUUUGGCCAUAAUAAUGUAUACGGCAUUCGAUAUACUCAUCUGCCGAACACCAUAAAAUGUUUCAAAGAUGAAACUCAAGCACAUCAAUUGACUGUUAUUGAAUUUGAGGUGUCUGAUGCGCCUGGCCAACGUAUUGAUUACGAGAUCCGUGACUCAAGAAAGGGACUUUUAUCCAAAAAAGAAGGCAUGAGCCAUCAAGCUAAAGCCUCAUUCACCACUGAAUCUGCAGAGACCUAUGAUAUUUGCAUCAGUUCUCAUGUUAGCCCAGGAAUUCGUGGACAGGAGCAUGAAGUUUCUAUUGUAACUAAAAAAGGCGUUGAAGCUAGAAAUUAUGAUGGCAUUGAAGAAGCCGGUAAAUUCAAGCCGCUCGAAGUGGAUCUCAAACGUUUGGAAGAUAUGUCAGAUGCCAUUGUUCAAGAUUUCGCUGCGACACGUAAGCGCGAAGAAGAGAUGCGAAGCACCAACGAAUCGACAAACAAUCGCGUUCUAUUCUUCAGCAUAUUCAGUAUGUGCUGCUUAUUGGGUUUGGCAACUUGGCAAGUGCUCUAUUUGCGAAGAUAUUUCAAAGCGAAGAAACUCAUCGACUAAACGUACAAACCAUUUCCUCCCCCUCUCAACAUCUUAAAAACAAGUGGUUAAUUUCAUUUUCUCCACACAUGAUUAACACUUGGUACAUGUUGCGAACGCGACUGUUUUCUUGAAAUCGAUAGUUAAUCAAUUUAUUUUUGUUUCUCUCUGUCCUUUUUCGGUUUAUUUAUUUCAUUUUUUGUUUACUUAAAUCCCUCUCGAAAAAACCACAUAAAAUUCAUUGUAAUGAAGCUAUCGUUCAGCAAAGUCUGUAUCAUUUACCUAAAAUAUUAAGUAAACCAACUGAUUUCUUAAGAAGAUUUAUCCAGAAGGAACAUAAACCGUAACAGCAAAACAUCAACAGUAAAAAAAAGAGAAUUAUGAUUUUUUUCGAUAAAAUUCGUCUGUAAAUAAAGGCAGUGUACAAUAUAAUUUCUUCAUUUCUAUUUUAAAUAAAAUCAAUUGAAAAUAAAUCAGUUUCAGUA